AUGAAGGUAUAUGACGAAGAGGAUAGUAUUGUGGUGCUUGAGCAGACGAUCUUUCCAGACAAAGGAGUGUUAUUCCAACAACGAAGUGUCUGUGCGGAGCCGAAGAUCAAUUUAGUGGAGUGCAGACUUUUCUUGACGAAACUGAUUGCGGUGUUAAAUAGAGGAGACACGUUCACACAAGAAGAGUCAACAGAACUGUUCUUUGCGACCACAAAGCUCUUUUUCUCACCAAACGUCCCUUUAAGACAACUGUUGUUCACGACUCUGAGAUGUAUCAUACCAUACGCGUGCGAUGUCUUUGUUGUGAUGAACUCGUUAGGCAAGGAUGCGACAAGUGUAUAUGAUUUCCAGAGAUCGUCCGCGUUACGGACACUUGGUAUGAUCAUGACUGAGAAGACAAUUAGUUCUCUUGAGAGACACUACAAGCAAGGCAUUGUCGAUAAGACUCCAAACGUUGCUGCAAAUGCGUUGUGCACUGCUUGCAAAUUGGCGUAUAACCACCCCGAAGUAGUAGCCAAAUGGAUGCCAGAGAUCACAACUGCGUUGUCUUCAAGUAAUCACAUAGUGCAAUACCAAGCUAUUCGAUUACUCCAUAUCUUGAAGAGAAGUGAUAGAAUUUCAUUGAUCAGAUUGGUUCUUACAUAUGGACAACAGAAGCCAUUGAGGUCGCCAUAUGCACAUGUUGAGUUACUGAAGAUCUGUCGAGACAUAUUACUUGGUGAGAGAGCAUAUUCAAAGACUGUGUUACCUUUAGUCGAGUACAUUCAGACUUGCUUGAAGCCAAAUAACGACGUUGUGACAAUAGAAGCUAUUAAAUUGGCUGCACAACUUGAAUUGGACUCUGCACCCCAAUCGUUGUCUGCUCAAUUGAUGAAUUCCGUGCAGAUCUAUUUACAGAGCAACAAGGCUCUUUUGCGAUUCGUCGCGAUCAGAACAGUGAACGAGAUGAGUCACAAGUACAACGAACUUGUUUCGACCGUCAGAGUUGAUGUCGACUCGUUAUUGAAAGAGAGCAACAGAGCUAUUUUGACCUUAGCAAUUGCAACCUCUUUGAAUAUCUGUAAUGAAGCUUCUAUUGAUGGGUUACUCAAUAAGGUCACAAAGUUCCUUGGCGAUUUACCAGAGUCUUUCAGAGUCAAAGUGAUCAACACCGUCGAGAAAUUGGCCGAGAGAUAUCCAACAAAAAACACCACAUUAUUAACUUUCCUCUCAAACGCGUUGCAGAUUAAAGGAGUCAAGUUCCAAAUGGCUGUUGUCAAUACCAUUCGAAAAGUUUGCACUAUUCAGCCAAAAGUUCGAGAGAGCGCGUUGGGGACGUUAUCGGAUUAUAUUGAGGACUGCGAGUACACAGAAAUCAUUAUGAAAGUCUUUGCCUUUAUUGGAGAAGAGGGACCACACUCGAAGAAGCCAAUGAAGUACAUCCGCUCAAUAUACAACAGACUUUUACUUGAGAAUCCAAGUAUCAGAGCAGCUGCGAUUACUACGCUAUCCAAAUUUGCAGAGAUCCCAGAGUUAAAGAAAAAUGUUAUAGAGAUCUUGAAGAAAUGUGCAUAUGACGAUGACCAAGAAGUUCGCGACAGAGCGUGUUUCUAUGGAAUUUAUUUGGAUACUCCAGUUAUUGAAACGAAGGUGAUUGAUAACCAAACCGAUUACGAGAAGCUUGGUAACAUGGUGGAAGAGUAUUUAAAAGGCGACUGUGAGCAAUGUUUCGAUAUCGAAGAAGCCGCCAAACAAGCCGUAGUUGUUGAAGAGAUAGCGCCGGUCGCAGAAGUGAAGAAGGAAGUGAAAGUUGAAGGAUGCGGCGACUUGUUGAACAGCAGUGAAAUUGUUUUGACGACUAUUGGAAGCGAGUACGAGAUCUCGUGCAAGAAGAUGAUCUUCAAAGAAAAGGUUGUGUUCAUAUACACCAUUAACAACACACUUCCAGAUUACGACUUACUCAACGUGAAGAUGAAUAUCUCCGUCGAGCAAGGCGAUUACGUCAUUUCCGAGAACAAUUCAGUUGAAAAAAUAGAGGCGGAAAAGUCUGCGACGAUUCAAGUCGUGAUGAAUAGACCAAAGCAGUUCAAUGGAGUUUUCACAAAUAAGAUGACAUACACUUUAAAAGGAAAAGAAGAGGACGAAGGGGAAGAGGACGAGUACAUCAUUGACACAAUCAAAUUGAGUAUCGGAGAUUUCGUCGCACCACUGGAGGUCGAGGACUGGAACGCUCAGUUCGAGUCUCUUGCGGGUGAAGUCAACAAAACACAAAUAUUCAAAUUCCCUUCAUUCAAAACACUUCAAAGCGCUGUUGACAAGUUGAAAGGGUUCUUUGGACUUGCUGUUAUCAAUGGGACUGAUAACGCUAAAAAGGCUGUUAAAAAGCACAUGAUGCUGUUAGCUGGAAAUAUUCUUUUGGCACAACCAACGCCAACAUUAGUUCGACUGAGGAUGCUUUGCGACGACAAGGGAGUCACCGUUGAAAUUUGCAUCAGAACAACUGACUCGGAGAUUCCAGACAUGCUCCUUGCUUUACUCUAA